AUGGAUCUCUUCCUAGGAAGUUUGAGCGAUCUGCAUGAAACUGGGUGAACAUAAUCUAGGGAGCAAUAUCUAAAGUUCCCUCUUGGCAAAAGUUGGAAAACUUCCUAAAACUGAGCUUCUAUAAGGCAAUGAAUAUUGCGGAGGGCGUGGCUCAUCACAUAAAGGUGUAGAACAUCUCAAGGGUUUCACCCAUCACCACGCAACUUUGUAGGCAUAUGACCACACAUAAUCUGAGGGGACCCCUCCAUUAUUGACCCCAUCAAACAAAAUGGGGGCGCUAGAGAGCUCAUUUCUUAUCUAGGCCUAACCGCCAUAUGGAUUUUUACUAAACUUGGUAGAUAUGUAGAACAGGACACCUCAAGGUGACUGGAGAAAUUUAACUCUAAUUGGCAACUGGGUGGCGCUAUAACAACAGAAAAAUGCUUCAAAAUGGCUAAAAUGUGACCGAUCGCUGUGGCUCCCCCUGUGGACCAAUGUUGGUGUUGUUUCUAAUGUUUGGUAUGACUAAGUCAUGGUAUGGUAUGCUGUACAUAAUCACGGAAACUGUCAGUGUGUCAUUCUGUCAGUCAGUCAUUCUGUCUGUCCCACGUUUUUCUACUCACUGACGUGGUCAAUCUAUGUGAAACUGCACAUAGGCAUUGAGGAUUGGCAUAGGUAGAAGGUGACAAAGCUACCAAUGGGUAUGGACUAGUCAGACACUAAUUCAUAAAAUGCUUGAACUGUUUUGUAGUUUUUAUAUGUUGUCCAGAACUGAGGAGGAGGUCCACAGUUCAGCUAAGCGUCUCUACAAUGGAUGACAUCUGGAAAGAGAGUACACAUCCACAUCAGCCCUAAGACGAAGUAUUCCUUUGGAUUCAGACCAUACAGACUGCAUGUGUCGGUGGCCUGACUGUGUGAAGCUGGACAAUUAAAUCUUGGUGUAUCAGAUUUCUCAGUAGCUGAUGUUUACUCUCCGCAGCAGCAGGCUGUCUGCAAGGUGCAAAAAUGCAAGGAGAGUGGGAGGCCCAAAGUAACCUCCAGCUCUGAGAGCUGACUAUAAGUGAUGUUACCCAGUUUGGGUACCAAGACAACAUGACAUAAUAUCAUUCAGACACUGGAGCAGUAUCACAUCACACGACGAGCUGUCUAAGUUCAACCCACCUGUAAGAGAGAGGUUGAAUUCUGGUCCCUCUGCAGGCUUCAGAGGACUGUACCAAAAUUAAUUAAUUUUACACUGAGAGGCACCCGGAUGGUGCAGGGGAAAAACAGCCCAGGCGCCAAACGCAGGGGAGAAUGUUUUGUUUGAAACAAAUUACCAAUUGUGUCAUUUUUUAGUCAUCAGUGGUAAAUCAGUGGUGACACUGCAUAAUUAUCUUCUCAUCUCUGUGUCAUAACACUUUGAAUUACAGCUGUGUUUGAAAGAUGCUGUGACACUAAAUAAACCUGUCUUGCCUAAAGCUCUUUGACUCAUAGUAAACCUGCAACUCCAAGCAAAAACAAUAUUUGAACCAGCAUGUAAAAUCAGUUUAGUCAACUAAACAAGAAAAGCUGGGCUAAUAUGUAUUAUCAGGCUGUAGGGUGCAAAUGAGAACUGAUCAGUGCGUAUCCACUAAAUGAUUCAUGAAACAAAGCAUUUACAAAUUUACAAGGUUCAUUUGUUUGUCAUUUUACAACACAGCUACACACACACACACACACACACACACACACAUACACAUACAAAUAUUUAAAAUCAGACAACUGUGAGGGAUUCCUGAGCAACCCUACACAUUGGCGCCUCCAAGAGGGGGCCGUGGCCCCAUGGUAAAAUUACUGGCCUCCCCACUGCUUCCCCUGGCAAAAAUAUUUGGAGGCUGACAUCACUGUCACUGUAAGAGGCUGUAGCACACUCAUAUUAAAGCUGGAGGUUAAGGUAGUGGUAUCUUAUUAAACUAGACAACCUAAGGCAUCCACUGCUACCACCGACGAUGGCAUAGCUUGUCUGCGAGCGGGGUAAAUAAUGCUCCAAAUCUGGGCUUAAUUUUGGCGACAGAACAACUAGCAUGGCCAUUUUUAAAGGGUCCCAUGAAUUCUCAUGUCAAGAUGUCUGAGUGGGUACCGUCAAGUCUCCCCAAACAUUAGUAGGAUGCUCCCAGUUUGGUUCCAGUGCUCUCCUCCUUCAAAUUAAACCAUAUAUAUACCCAUAUAGGACCAUAUAUAUAGCCUCUGUACUUGAACAGCGAUCAAAUUCCUGAAAUGUAGUGAAGACUCUUGGUUUUGGUGUGUUUCAGUGGCCCCAUCUGGUCACCUCUGUAAAGUUCUGGGUGCACCACUGACCCCACAGCAUGUCAUGAGGUGAAAUCUUUUCCAGUGUUUUAAAGUAAACUACUUAUGUGUUGUUUGUUCUAUUUACUUUUUCUUUAAAUGCUUGCAAAUAAGAAAGGCAGCUUACAUCUGCAGACAAACGCACUUCUGUGUCGGGUGGUGCUGCGUCAAGGCAGAUAUAUUUAGUGACACAUUUUUCUUUAGCUGACCAAAAUAAAACUAUUUAACUGUUAAAAAUAUAAUGUCAAUAAACUAGAUAUAUGAGAGAGCACUGUUUGUUUUUUAAUUUCCAAAUAAUGUUGCCCAAAUGUAAAAUUAACUUUUAUUUGUGCUCACAGUGCUGUUUACAGUGAGACAUGGUAUUUUUAAAGUACAGUAUAACCGGAAAUGAUGAUUAUGAUUCUCGCUGCCUUGACAGUGGUGUCGGGUGAGGGGUCAUAAAUUGAGACAGACUCCCCACAUUUGCAUACACUAUUUCCCCACUGCAUAGCUGAAAGACAAUAUGACCCUGCACCGUUCACCCUCUGCUCGUUAAUCCGCCGCCUGCUGCGGACCGAGGAGUUACUUUCUGUAGCGGGUUUCGGGCGGACCUCCACUUUCUCCACAGUUUUCACCAUCUUCCCUCUCGGUCCAGCCGGCUGCCGCUGUCUCCCCACAGCACCGGGAGCAUGCUAAUGGAGGCAGCUUAACCGCGACACACUGCAGCACGUCUCCUGUGUGACUCUGUAGAGGUCCAGCCGAGCUGAACUCCGCGGAGCCAUGCGACAGUGGUGUGUCCCCGCUGCGACCCCGCGCACUGAACCACUCCCGGGGCGCCUGUCUGUGUCACCCCCUCCUCCAGAUGCCAGGAUGGAGUGCUGUGAGGUGGAGCCGCGCUACACCAUCGAGCAGAUCGACCUCCUGCAGCGCCUGCGUCUAUCCGGCAUGACCAAACCUCAGAUCAUCCACGCUUUGGAGUCCCUGGAGAGGCUCGACCCGGACCACCGCCCGUCGCACUGUGACUCCCAACCUGCCCCGUCCAACAACACCCCCACCACAGCCGCUCCGGCCCCGUCCUCAUCUUCAUCCUCCUCCUCCUCGCUCUCCUUAGCCUCUGCUACCACGCAGACCUCCGGCCUUGACGGCGCCGCUCUGUCCCCUAGCAAUAGCUACGAGGCCUCGCCUCCGCCCCUCUACCCUCCCAGUGUGGCGGUCCAGCGGUCAUUCAGCUACGACAUGAUGGGAGAGGAGGAGUGGGACCUGGAGGAGAAGGUGGAGGAGUACAUGAGGAGAGACAGCAACCUGGUGAAAGAAGAGAUCAAAACUUUCCUCAACAAUCGCAGGAUCUCUCAGGCCAUCGUAGGCCAAGUUACAGGCAUCAGCCAGAGCUACAUCUCUCAGUGGUUGCUGCAGCAGGGCCUGGAGAUGAGCGACUCCAAACGCAGAGCUUUCUACCGCUGGUACCUGCUGGAGAGGAACAACCCAGGGCUGAGGUGGAGUGAAAGCCAGCACAGCGUGAGCCCCAUGCCCAGGGCCAGGGGAGGGGACAGAGACGGGACGGUAGCAGGGGCAAGCGGCAGCCUCCCCAACCCCAACACCAACCUCAACCCCAACCCAGUGUGGAGCAGGCAGAGAGAGCUGCUGAUGCACUUGCUGCCGUGGUACACUGCUGCUGCCGCGGCCGCCCAAGCCCAGCCAGGGGCCACUUUGUCAAUGCGGUCUCUGGUGAAGGAGGAACCUGAUUGGAGGACGGGGAUCAUGGCAGGCGACAGAGCAGGGAUGGUGGGCGGACCUCUGAGGCUGCGCAGAGGAAGCCGGUUCACCUGGAGGAAGGAGUGUCAGUCAAUCAUGGAGAGCUUCUUCAUGGAGAACCAGUACCCAGAUGAAGCCAAGCGAGAAGAGAUUGCCAACGCCUGUAACUCUGUCAUUCAGAAACCAGGCUGUAAGCUGUCAGAGUUUGAGCGUGUGACGGCGUUGAAGGUGUACAACUGGUUUGCCAACCGUCGGAAGGAGAUGAAGAGAAGAGCGAAUAUCGAAGCUGCCAUUUUGGAAAGCCAUGGAAUUGAGGUGCCAAGUCCAAGCUGCCACUCAAACGGUGAGGAAGGAGAGAUGCACGAGUUUGGCGAUCAGGUGAAUCAUCGGUUCUCAGAGCAGGAAGAGACAUCUUCCCACAGGAUUGCUGACCAACAAGACCCCUCCUCAUUGGCUACUACAGAGGUCGCAGCCCUGCCGAGCCCCACCCCUCAGGUCCUGGAUCAGAAAGAGGAGGAUUCAAAAAGGGAGACUGUGGAUGAAGAGUGACCAAAGCCGGUGGAGUUUGGAUCGUAUUUGAAUUUUAAUCAGAUGAAAUAGGAAAACAAUAAGUGUCUCCUCCUCCACACGUAGGGCCUUUGGGGCCUGUGGCACCCGAAAAUCAAAGGGAGAGGGGUGCUGAGGCUCGCUGAGGUGCCUCUGAUGGUAAGGAGACCACUGUAUUUAUCAACAGUAAUCCUGCUUAUAUUAACGGCAAUAUACAGUAUAUAUAUAUAUCAAUAUAUAGUGCAUUCCAAGAUGGUAUUAAAAAGCCUAAAAUCCUUAGAGGGAGAAUUAUGUAAAAGAUACCUCGCCCAUUUUAAGCUAAGCCUUUUCUUGUUUCUUUGCUACAUGCCUUCUUUUAGCCUUUUCAGAGCGCUUGUUUGAUGGACUGUGGUGCCACGAGCGUGCUGAGCCUGCAGGUCAGGUGUGUUUGGGUGUGGGGUUAAAGUACGCUAUCAAGUAUCCAGUUAAUGGUGAUACGAAUGCCCUGCGCUUGCUUGAAUGUCUUUGACCCAUCUGGUUCGUAAGACUCUAACCUCAAUCAAUCGAUUGAUUCAGUCAGUCGAUCAAUCAACGAGUGCUGUUAUCAAAUCCGUAAAGCCCUGAGGGACAACUGGAAUCUCAGGAAAUCCCAAAAAAUGGUGGAUAAGGACAGUGAAGAGUUGUCUUAACACCCGCUUUUUUUUCUUCAUCUUGAUUUUCCUCAUCAUAACUGUGUUUAACCAAAACAGGAUGUGUUAUUUAUACCUUUUUAUAUUAGCAAGACAAGCCUAAGACAAUAUAUCAUCGUAUCUCUUUGUCAUCGGUCUUCUUUGUUAUACUGAAUGCUGCUGUUUGUUUGGUCAUUUUUGGAGGAUAUCCUCAUUUCAAAGUCUGUCUCAAUCCUCAACUCAGCCAGUGAAGCUAGACUACACACACAGGUCUACUCAGUUUAUGUUUUUCUUUAACGUUUGAAAGAACGCUAAAACAAAUGUGAUCAAAAGUGAUGCGUUAGCUUACACGCUACAAGCACCUUCUCUCCUAUUGGAAUAAGCUAAAGCUUAAGCUCCUGUAAGUUUGUAUGACUGCAAAGCUGCACUUCAAAGUGGAUCUCACUAUAACUGAAAGAGGGAAGCGUUACCGACUACCUGCAUUUGGGCCUCGACAUGUACAUAACCCAGAGAAUAUACACGUCUGUGGGUGCUUUCCUUCAAAUUACAUUAGCACUAUAUAGAAACUGUUAUUUGUCAAACUUGAAUAGCUUCCUUAAAAAACUUCACUUACAAAAUGAUCAUUUGUGUGUCAGUUACUUACUACAUGUGACUUUGAAUUUGUGAAGGAAACUGUUUUUUUGGCAUGUCUUUAUGGUGAACGAAGAAUCCAAAAAAUGCAAACAUUCCUCAUGACUCAAAGUAAACUGGGACCACAUUUAACAACAACAAAACUAUAUCACAAAAACAUCUAUUCACAAACUGUCACAGAACUCAUGCAGUAUAAUCCAAGUCUCAUUUAUCCAGGUUGUAUGCUCAGUGUCUCCCAAACACAAUUCAGAGUUCCCACAGUCAUGGAAAACCUGGAAAAGUCAUGGCAUUUGUAAAAACCUUUGAAAGUUUUGGAAAAGUCGUGGGAUUUUGUUGUGUGUGAUGAAAUUGUUUCAGUAAUUUUCCAUGGAUAAGCUUUUACGUAAUGUAACAAAAAGGCAAAUCUAUUUAAUGUAGCGGUCGACAUCACGUAGCUCAGUUAUGUGUACUGUUUUGUUUACCAUCAGGUAUGUUUGUGUAUUUUUUCCCGUGUUUCGUCUUUCUGAAUGGAGUAUAAGUCUGAUAUGUUUGAAAAACCCUGGGCAAGUGGGGCAAAAAAAUAUGAGUCCUGAAAAAGUCUAGGUCAGGGUGCUAUACAUUGUACUUCUGGGAACAUUCUGGUCCCCAGAUUUUGCUGCGGAGUGAGCGCUCCUGAUGGAGCGGCACAGAGGAGGAGAAACAUUCUAGCUGUGAGACAACAUUAUCUUCUCUCUUCUGCUUAGAAGUGGUGAGGUUACAGCUCAGAGCAACUUAAUACAACACAGUGUCUGGCUUUUGUUUGAUGUCGGCUAAAAAUGAUUCUGAUCCACUGUUAGUGCCGUCAGCUGGUUUACUAUAUAACAUGGAUGCUGUUGUCACACUGAACGUCCCAGUGAGCCCUGUUCAAACUUUACAUCUUUAUAAAGGAAAAAAAACAAAGGACGAAUAGUUGAAUAUUUGUAUUUAACGCCAAAUCUGAUUUGACUGACAUAAUUGUCAUUUGGGUACAGCCCUAGAAAAGUCAUGGAAAAGUUUAGAAAUUUUGUCCAUAAAAAUGUGUGAAAACCCUGACACAUGCAUUCUCACUAAAACAUAAAGAUUUAAAACACUCAAGCCGUGAGCAUUGUGCGCCACUUGGCCGUGCAUUAGACUGUUUGUACUGACAUGUUUUAAAUCGAAAUUUUUCUGCCCCCACACCAGUGACAGCUGGGGCCGCAGGCAUCCAGUUUUCUGGUUGUGGCACAAAUGUCCACUUGAAUAAAUGAUGAACAGAGUAGAAUUUGGUGGUCAAAGAUCAAGGUCACUGUGACUGUGUCCAUCUCAUUCUCAAGAACACAAUAUCUCAAGAACCCCUUGAGGAAAUUUCCUCAAAUUUUUGGCAUAAAUGUCCACUUGGACUCAAGAAUGAAUUGAUUUGAAUUUGGUGGUCAAAGGUCAGUGUGACCCCACAAAAAUGUCAACUUCACUGUGACGUCAUCAUGUUUUCUGGCCAUUAUUCAGCGUCGUAUCUCAGGAACAGAAGGGGAGACAUUUGGGCAGAUACUGAAUUUGUGACACAAAUUUUUUGAAACUGUGCUGAUUGUAUAGAUCCUCUGUGCUGUUGGGUUGAAUUAGUGUGUGAAGCAUCUUCAUUUUAGAAUAUGAAGUUUCUUUACAGCAACAUCUGUACUUUUUGUCAACUGUCAUAGCUACAUAUGAGUCUGGAUGGACAUGGAUGUAAAUUGUAACUUAACUGGUUAGCAAAGGCAUACAACCAUGAGGUGGCAAUUGUAGUUUAAAUGCAUGUGUUUGGGAGACACUGAGCAUACGACUGGAUAAACAAAACUUGGAUUAUACUGCUUGAGUUGUGUGAGGGUUUGUAAAUGGAUGUUUUGAUACAGUUUUGUGUGUUGUUAAACGUGCUCAUCAUUUACUUCAAUUCAUGAAGCAUGUUCGCCCUUGAUGGAUCCUCCGUUCAUCAUAGAGGUAUGCAAGAACAACACAUUUUUCUUCAGUAAUUCAAGGUAACACACGACAAGUAGUUGUUACACAAAUGCUCAUUUUGCAGGUGAAGUAUUCCUUUAAACUCUGCAUUACUUAGUCCCCUAUAUUUACUGGCCCAAGGCCGUGGGAGUUACUCCCCAAAUGUCCAUGAAAUGGACAAAGGCGCUUGUUCUUGGCCCCCAACAGGGUGCUACCAUGUUACCUCCUAAUGCCAAAGCUAUGCCAAGGUAGAGAUGAGCUACUGUGCUCCCAGGAACAGGAUAUGACACAGUCACGACACUAUAGAUAUACAGUACAUAGAUGUUUAUUUGCUCAGUACAACACUAGCCAACUCUAGCUUACCUCAGAAUAUCUCUGUGUCAUGAAUGUGUGACGGGCUAUCUGUCAUACAAGUGACAGCAGCCAUUAUUGUGACUGUUGACGAUACGGACAGUGUUAUGUAGCAUUUAUGACAGUGGGGUUUGCCCUGUGUUGUUAAUAUAUACUCACCUCAGACAGUUCUCUCGUCCGGCUUUGGACAGGAACCCCAAAGCUGCACGCUGUUUCUGAUUAUUCUGCUCCUCUAUCUGCUUUUAUCUGACAACGAGAAAACAAUAACAAUAAUAAAAUUGUAAAC